CUCUAGGCGAUAAGCGUUAGUACCAGCCUUGAAAUACUCAGUCAUUAAUGUUCGUCUCCGCUGAUGUGAAUUUUUCUCAGUAAUGUCGGUCGUGAAGAUAGAAAAAUUGCAGGAUGUUGUUCGAGACUAUGUACGCGGAACCGUGUUGAGCCAGCAAACGGUCCGUUUGACUGCACCGGGUGAAAAUUAUGGUAGUGUUUUAUUAAAAUUGGACAUUAAAGUGCGCGACGGCGAUAAAGAAGAAGAAAUCCACGCUGUUGCUAAAUGUGUUCCUCCCAAUAAGUCCAUCCGGGAGAUAUUCAACACCAAAGCUACGUUCCCUAACGAAAUAGCAUGGUACACUACGAUUAUACCUACGAUGAUAAAGUUCCAGAGGGAUAACGGGGUGGAGGAUGUAAUCGAUUGUUUUCCUAAGUUUUACGGGGCCAGAACUAGUUUAGACCCUGAAGAGACUAUUGACGAACAUGGUUUGAUUCUGCUAGAAAAUCUGGCGGAAACUGGUUACAGGAACGAAAAUCGUUACGUAGGUUUUGACCUGUCGACAUCACAAUCCAUCAUCAAGAAUCUCGCCGCCUUCCACUCCAUUCCCAUCGCCAUUAAAUUAAGAAAUCUUGAGCUAUUCGAAACCAACAUCAAGAAAUUUUUGUAUGGAUUCGAAAACGUAGGACAAGUAGAACCUGAAGUUAAGCAAAUUUUCGAAGCACCUUUGAGAGUAAUGGAGGAGAUUACCGAAUUAGCUCAUUUAAUUCCCAGAGUUAAGAAAGGAAUGGCAGUUAACGCGUUUGUGAUCAGCGAUGUCAGAGAACCAUGGGCGACCACGCUACACCACGACUUUUGGAUGAACAACAUUAUGGUCAAACCUGGCGAUCCCCCCAAGUCGGCCAUAAUAGAUUUGCAGACCACCGUGUAUGGAUCUUUUGCUACAGAUUUGGUGUUCUUUCUGAUGACUUCAGUGGAAAUUUCGGUAGCUGAACAACAUUUGGGCAACCUGAUUGAUACUUACUAUGAAGAAUUUAUUAGAAAUCUUAGGCAAUUAAAAGUGGAUACAGAAAUUUUCAAUCGUGAAGCAUUCAUGAAGGAACUUAAUGUGGCGGCUGCCGGUCAGUUACCGCAUUGUAUCUUUUUCGCUGUGGUGAUGUGUGCAGAGAAAAAGAACGCACAGGAUACUACUACGGAAGAAUAUAACCACAUGAAAAAUUUAAAGGAGAUGAGCGGAGAGGAUACGGUCAGACACAGAAGGAGGUAUCGAUUCAUAGUUGAGCAAUUCGCCAAAAGAAAUUGGAUAUAAUCAAUAUGCUAUUAUACAGUACUAUGCAGUACGCUGCAAUUAUAGAGUACGAGACAUCUAAAAAAUGUUUAUAUCUUUAAAAAACGAUUUGUGUAAUUCGGUAAUUUUGUUAUGUUGUUGAUUGAAAUUAUUUUGAAAAAUUUUGGUUUGGAAUGAAUUAAUUAAAAUUUAAUUAGAAUAUUGUGAUUGUUUAUUGUAAAAAUUAGUGGAGGUCGGCUGAGAAUGACAUGGACUGGUAAAAUGAUCUAGAUCGGUUAUUAAUGUGUACACUUGCGUGAGGGUGCUGUAGAUUUAAUUAUCUACG